AUACUUGAGGAUUGAGCUCGGCUCUCCAAUUCCAUCCAACAGCUGCUGCAAACAUCCCUUGCCCUUCUCUGUCUCACUCCCCAAAUAUCAUCAUUGACCACCACUCAGAUUAAAUAAAAGCCCUCCCAACUCACAAGCAGCUUAUUCCAUCAACAACUUACCCAGAGAAAAAGAUAGAUAGAUUUAUACAAUCCCAAAGAUGUCCAACGCCAUCUCUUCUCCAUCGGCCCUCUUUACCACUCAAGCCUAUUCCACCCACAUCCAACUCCUUUCCAUUGCCCGUCUAGGACUCGGUCUGGGCGCAUUCAUCGCCCCCGCCCUGUUCACUCAAAAUAUCUUUGGAUUCACCAAGACUCGGGAUGUGACCAGUAACAACAACAGCUCUAGCCCAUCUGCUGGGAGUGCCGAGGAACUCUCGAUCGCUGUCCGUCUUUUCGGCGCACGGGACAUUGGACUCGGCCUACUCUUGCGAGACUCGGCAUCAGCGGUGGUCGAACGAGGACUCCAGAUGGGCUGUUUGGCGGAUAUCUUGAGUGUCUGCGGCGCUGGAUUCGGAUUUAUCGAGGGAACCUUGAGUCAAGAAGUGGCUACUGGAGUCGGUCUCGUCGGCUUAGUCUUGGCUGGAUUCCAGGCUUACAUCUUAAACAAGUGAUCACCCCUACCUCAUUUUUUUUAAAAUGAAAAAUAGCAGUAGAACCUCUUCAGCAUUUUGUAAUUCAACCCAAAUAAUCCAAAACUUAAAACCAAAAACUAAAAAUUACUUCUGAAAAGUAUAGUUAAUUGUAUCUUGUGUUGAAUUUUGCUUGGCUCGCUGAGCAAUAUUUAAAAAGAUGGUUUGUCCAUCUCUCG